AUGACGCAGUCCAUUGGCGUCGCCAUCAUCGGCAGCGGCCUCUUCGUCAAGGCCGAGCAUCUCCCGGCCGUCCUGGGCAACGCCAGGCUCGACCUCAAAGCCCUCUACUCACGCUCGCUCAAGUCGGCCCAAGAGACGGCCGGCCAGAUCAAGGACGCGCCCCAGCCGGCGCUCUACGCGGAAGACUCCCCCGGCAGCAAGUACGCCGACCUCCUGCGGCGGGAGGACGUGCAGGCCGUCAUCGUCGCGCUGCCCAUCGUCUCCCAGCCGGCGUACGUGCGGGCCGCCCUCGCCGCGGGCAAGCACGUGCUCGCCGAGAAGCCCAUCGCGGCGGACGUGGCCACGGCGCAGGACCUCAUCGCGUUUCACGAGAGCCUGGCCCCCGGGGACGCGGGCGGGCGGCCGAUCCUCGCCGUGGCCGAGAACGUGCGCUUCGCCCCGCGGCUCCUGACCGAGUCCGGCGCCGUGGGCACCUACUGCCACUCUGCGGGGACGCUGGCGAGCGCCUUCGAGUGGGAGGUUGCCUGCGAGAGGGGUGCCGUCCGGUCCGACGGGGACCUGGUGACGGUGACGGGGGAGGACGGGGCCAAGGCCGAGACGAGGUUUGAGCGGACGAGCGGCGUGCGGGAGGAGGUGGACGCCUGGGCGGGCAGCAUCCUGGACGGCGGGGGCGUGGCUGCGCCGAUGCAGAGCGCGCGGGAGGCCUUGGCCGAUUUGGAGUUUUUGGAGGCCAUGUUUGCGAGUGGUGCCGAGGGCGGCGAGGAGAGGCGGCUCGUGCUGCAGAGGUGGUGA